CCUCAGCCAGCCUGCCUCAGCUGCUCGAGUGCUGGGCAUGCGUGCUGGCGCCCUAGCUUUGGAAUCGUUGCGGUAAAACGGAUCGAUGCAAACAAACAGGGAGCUGCGGUGCUGGUUCCGAGCGCUUAUUCUUCGCUUCGCAGGGCCCAGGGAAGUUUAAUAAUCACGAAUAAGACGCCAUAUAGCAACAGCCUACAUAGAAACAAGUGCCGCGUACGCAGCCAACCAUGUCCGAGCUUCGGAAAAGAGCCACGGAUCCCGAGCAGAAAGAAUCGAAGGAACAUGCAGUCGACUCGGAUGACGAGAAGCUACCAGAGGAAAGCCAAGUAGACAACCUGACGAAAGACCUGCCUCAGGCGACUGACGAAACCACAGCUGUUUUGGACAAUUACCUGAGUGGUCUCUCGAGAAGAUGGAGGAACUGGGUCGUCAGAGGAAUCUUCACGCUGCUCAUGAUGUCAUUUUUUGCAUUCGUCAUUUGGAUGGGACCUUUGGCUCUAAUGAUUCUAACCCUAGCAAUCCAAGUGAAGUGCUUCCAGGAGAUCAUUGCCAUUGGCUAUGCUGUCUACCGAGUGCAUGGGCUUCCGUGGUUUCGCUCUCUGUCAUGGUACUUCCUUCUGACAACAAACUACUUCCUGUAUGGAGAAAGUCUUGUGGAUUACUUUGGUGUUCUUAUCAGUCGAACGGACUCACUGAAGCCACUUGUGCGCUGCCACCGCUUCAUUUCAUUUUGCCUGUACUUGCUGGGCUUCAUCUGGUUCGUGCUGAGCCUUGUAAAGAAAUAUUACAUGCGCCAGUUCUCUUUGUUUGCCUGGACACAUGUGACAUUGGUCAUCAUUGUGACCCAAUCAUACUUUCUCAUUCAAAACAUGUUUGAAGGCUUGAUCUGGUUCAUAGCUCCAGUGUCAAUGAUUGUCUGCAAUGAUGUCAUGGCCUACAUGUUUGGCUUUUUCUUUGGCCGGACACCAUUGAUCAAGCUGUCACCAAAAAAGACCUGGGAGGGCUUUGUCGGUGGAGGCAUCGCAACUGUCAUCUUUGGUGCUGCUAUAUCGCAGUACCUGUGCCAGUUCAAAUACUUCGUCUGUCCGAUUGAGUACUCUGAAGAGUUGGAGCGCAUGACUAUGGACUGUGAACCUUCACCACUGUUCCAACCUACAGAAUAUGGAUUUCCAGAGUGGAUUGAGACAGUGUGCAAUCUUUUGCAUUUGAAGACUACCAUCACACUCUAUCCUUUCGUACUUCAUUCGUUGAGCUUCUCAUUGUUCAGCUCCAUCAUUGGACCUUUUGGAGGAUUCUUUGCCAGUGGUUUCAAGAGGGCCUUCAAGAUUAAGGACUUUGGCGACAUCAUUCCUGGCCAUGGAGGCAUAAUGGAUCGUUUUGACUGCCAGAUUUUGAUGGCUUCUUUUGUGAAUGUUUACUAUCACAGUUUUAUCAGGGCUCCAAACCAGCAGAAAAUUCUGCAACAGAUCUACCUGAUGAAGCCAGAAGUACAGCUGCAGAUUUUUAGCAGCUUGCGGGACACACUGCUAGCACGGGGCCUGCUCCCUUCCUAAAGGGAGCACCAUCAAGGAAGUAGCAGUUGCUACUGAACUAGUCACUCAUGUUGUGGGCAUCACUACCUUGUUCUAUACUUAAGGUUCAUUGCCCUGCCACCCAUCCCACACUAUUUCCUGCUUUUUGAAAAUUGGCUUUAGUAGAGCUUUUCAGCUGUUGUGGUCACUCAUAAAUUGAGGAGGAAACCGCCAACAGUCAACGCAUUGAUGUGGGAGUAUAUAACAUACUAGCCAAGGUGCAAAGGAAAUCAUGGACCAAAAAGCUGUCAUGUGUACUUGAGUCAACAUAUUUUCAUGCAUUUAAAAAGGUUCCAAGUUUUAGUUCAGGUGUUCUGUCCUAUUCUUUGGCAUCAGCAGUUGGCAUAAUGUGCUCCUAAAUGAAUUACUCCCACUUGUGUACGCCCUGCUAUGCCUAUAAUGGCAACGGUGCUUGGCAGGUUGACUUGCUUGGCGUUUCUCCUGGCUGGGUGUUGCGCAUUCCACUUUUUUUUUAUGCCUUUACUCAUUUGUCUUGUGAAACCGUACGCUACAGCAUAUUCUAUAGAGUUAAUUGUGUGUCUAAUUGUGAUGUGUGUUUUAGUUCUUUAGUUUGCUUGCAAGUCCUGAAGUUGCAUCAAACCCAGAAGUUCUACAGGAUGCAUGGAUCUCUUGCUUUGACAAUGAAGAAGUACCGUGCAAUUGUAAAUGCAACCAUUUGAGACUUUACCAAUGUUGGAACCAUUAUACUUGUGUGGAAGUAAAUUUAAGCAACGUGGCAGCGUUCAUGUGCUUCUAAUUUGCUUUUACAUAUGACAUUGCAGUAAUGUAAAAUAUACAGCAUGCUUUUCUUGGAUGCUCAUUAAAGAUUGAUUACAAGUGGGUAAUUAUGAUGCCAAAAAGUGUAUGUUGUGCUACGGUUUGUUAAAAGAAGAGGCUGCCUUAUUACAUAGAUUGUGUCAGUAAAAGUACAAGCACAUUUGCUCUUAAACUUGGAAGCCUUUGUUUGUGUUGUUCAUUCAUGAGCUGUAACUUCUCAUAUCUAACUUACAUUAUUUUUAUUUGGGUGUUGGGUACUCUUGGCUACUUCAACAAAGGUACACAAGCUCCAGGAGAUACAUGUUACAGCAUGUACUACUGCUUUUCUGUGAGCCAAUACUUGUUUUGUUAUGCUAUAUGUGCCAAUGUUUCAUGUUUGCUGCAUUCCAUGUUGCUUUAUUUUUUGGUGCACUUUUGUGAAGCUUGCAUUCAACUUGAUGUUUUUGACAUGUCAGCUGCUGUAGAGGUGCACAUUCCUAGUCGAUGAUACACCUCUUAUUAGAGGAAAUCAGUUCAAAAGCACACACCUAGAUGAGCUUGGUGGAAGCAGAAGCACGUGCAUUAUGUACGAUUUACUGCAUUUCCUGAUGUCCUUACUAAGGAAGACAUGUUGCUUGCAGUACCGCAAAUGAGACAUGAUUUAAAAAAUUUUAAUUCCAUUAGCUUGUGACAUUUCAUGAAUACCUAAAAGAUACGCAUUAUUGACACUAAUGCAUUGGUAAUAGUUGUUUUUGAGUUUGUAAUGAACGUGUCCAGCCGUGAUUGCUGGCUGUAUUUACAAACAGGCAUUGCAAUACUUCAUUUUUGCAAGCUGUUGCUUUGACUGUGUGAUUGGCAUGAUGUAGCUAAGCUAAUACUAUAUCUGGACAUGGGCAUUUCCCUUAUUUGCGUGACAUAUGGUAGUGUGGACAGUAUCCAGUGCUUUUAUUUUUCGUGGUGUGGUUGUCUAUGCAUACAGACUAAUCCCACCAUUUCGGUUCUUAAAAUAAUACUAGUGUUCACAUGGCCCCGUGCAAGUGUUUUAUAAGGAUGCCGGCAUUACUACGAGAGGGCAAGUGCAGUGCUGUAGGCUGGAGACAAGAGUCUAGGUUGUCUACCAGCCUGAACAUGAGCAGGGUGCCUCGCACAGUAGUAUUCCAGUCGCAUGAUAUAAAAAUACACAUACAGGUGUAUCAUCAGUAAAAUGGACCAAGCUUCGGAAAUAUUGGCAUUUUCCCCAUGUGUUGUUUAACUCGUUUCAGUUUUGCUGCAGACCUUGUGGUAUCUUUAAUGUUUAAAAAAUGAAGAACUGAAUAUAUAGAUGACAUUACUCCAUUAUAAAGUUGUUAGAUAUCAAUUGAAAGGACUAAUACUAUAGUUCUUUAGAAUAUUUCAGUGAGGUUUUCAUGUUUGAAAUAGUGUGAAAAAUAACUAAGCUUAGCACCGCAGACUUCCAUGUGGUACUAGUGGCUGUAGGCUUGUGCACCGUGAUAUUGUCUGUAGUAGCUGUCCUUAAGUACGCAAUGUAGGUUUCUCAAAAACUUCCUUUACCACUUAGUCAUAAUACAGCUUAGUAUUUCAAUUUUCACAUUAUAUGUUUGUUGAAAUUCUUCUGGUUCUUGGACCACUUUAACUAAUCUGUUUAUAAUAAUGAUUAAAAAUAUAUAUAUAUAUAUAUAUUGAUAUAUAGAUCUGUCCAAUAUUUUUGAUCUUGGCCCACAUUACACAUGACACCCUGUAAAUUUUCUUAUACCAGUGCAAUGUGAUGCUUGUUCCAUUAUAUUCCCACAUUCAUAUAUUUCAAUGUUGGUGUCCCAGACAUCUGGAGUGCACAGAAAUGUUGGCUGUUUCCAUGUCUUCUACAGUCGUUCUUGUUGCCAUGUUGUUGAUGCACUUUUUCUUAGUGUGGUGUUUGCAUUGAUGAAACCUUUGUCUUGGUUGUGAAGUAUUUCCUGCACUACUGAGGAUCAAAGAUCGUAAUAAAGAGAUAUAGCAAA